CUGAUAUAAAAAGGCCCCCCGAAUCAUUUCAAUGGACAGAAGAAGUACUACUACCAGCAAAACAACUGCAGUGACAGUCCCUCACUCUACUCUUCGACUCUCACACUCGCUCACGACAUAGGGUUCAAGUAGAACCACUUUCUCAUGGAUUCGUCUUCAGCUUCGUCUCUGCAACUAGCCAUGGCGGCCUUGGUGGGAGCCUCGCUCAUGGCCAUCUCCGCCUUCUACUUCCACAAGCGCAGCGUCGACCAGGUCCUCAACCGCCUCAUCGAGAUCCGCCGUAACCGCCCUCUCAAUUCCGUUAACAACUACGAAGACGAAGAAGAAGACGGAGAAGCAGAGGAGGAGAUAGACGGCGACUGAGGCUCCGGUUCCGACGAGGAAAUGGUGAUCGAUCGGAAAAUGUGGUCCCGGGACAUUUCGAAGUCGCUCGACGAGAACUCGCUUCGCGGCUAUAGAAUCUCGUCGUCGCUGCCCAAUGUGGCUCCCGGAAACGAUUUGUUGGAUGAGAACCACAAGUUCGAUCAGCCGAUGAGAGCUCGAGCCAAAAGUUAUGCUGCUACAUCGCUCGAUAAACUCAAUUUGAUCCCCUCGGGGCUUCCGCCUCUUCGAUUUGAUCAGAGAGAUGGACUGGAUCGGUUUGUUAAUCAUUCUGCAAAGUAUACGAGGGUGGCAUCUGUUGGUAGGCUAGUGACGCCAAGGUCCCCCGGUGGCAAUGCUUUUGAUGAUGAUGGGGAUUCAGACGACGAUGGAACUGAGCUUACAAAUGGAGAAGACAUGCUUUUUGACUAUGGAAACAUAGAUUCUCCAAUUGAUUUCACAAAUGCACAAGAUGUAAAUUCAAACAACGAAAAAACUUGCAGCAUUCAAAAAAUAGAUGAAGCUAGGAAGUGUAUCCAAGAUAAAAUGUGUAUGGCGACUGCAACUGAAGCAAAAGCUAGUGUAGAUCUGCGUGGUGAUGGAAAGGUAGAUACACCUUCAGUGCACAUGGUGGGGAAUGAUCCUAAUUUUGAAAACACCGUUUUAGCUCUAAGAGCAACACUCCAUGAACAUGUGAGGUUGGAGUCAACAAGCAGAGAAGGGGAAGAAGUACAAAAAAUGAUUCGUGAAUGUUUAGAUUUGCGUAAAAAUUAUGUCUAUAGGGAACUGGUUGCUCCAUGGAAGAAGGAAACUGAGGGGAAAUCUAGUGCAUCCAAUAUGAACAGUGAUCCCUUUCACUUUGAACCUGUUGAAGCAACAGCUCACCGUUUCAAAAUGGUAGAUGGAGUUGUACAUGUUUAUGCAAGUGAAAAUGAUACUAUGGAUCUUUUCCCUGUUGCAAGUUCAACAAGAUUUUUCACUGAUCUUUGAUAUAUUUUGUAUACUGUGCUAAAAAUUAUAGUUAUAGGGGCAGUUUGCAAAAGGAAGAUGAGCCUUAUGUGGAUGUGGAACUUAGUUCGAUCAAAGCCUAAAUGUGAUCUCCUAAGUUUUACGUAUGUAGCUUUAUUAUAAGUUUUCAUAAACUCUUUCAGUUGUAAUCUAAGCUUGUAAUUAGUACAUGAUUAAUAAAGGUGAUAUUAAUGUUGGACUUACGUAAAA